UCGCCGCAGGAUUCCAACGGAAUGUCGGACCCGUACCUGCGCGUGCAGCUGGGAAAGCAGAAGCAGGACACCAGGGACCAGUACCGGCCCAACACGCUCAACCCCAUCUUCGGCAGCUUCAUGGAGUUCACCUGCAUGCUGCCCAAGGAGAAGGACCUCACCGUGUCCGUCAUGGACUACGACCUGGUCUCGAAGGACGACCUGAUCGGCGAGACCAAGGUCGACCUGGAGAACCGCUACAUGACCAAGUACCCGCGCCACGUGCGGCAUACCGCGCGAGUACCACCUGUGAGUCGGGCCCGAACCAGUGGGCGUGACGCCCAGACACCGCGCGAGAUUCUGGAAAACGUCUGCGAGACCAACAACCGCUCGCAGCCGCUCUGCUGGCUCUCCAAGACGGAGGUGGUCAUCGGCAACAAACACUACCGGCUCAGGCGAGCUGGAAGGUCAGUGAAAGAUCAAUAA